AUGAAGUUCACCUCUCUCACCGCCGUUCCCCUUGCGCUCCUCUGCGGAGUCGCUUCGUCAUCUCCUCUGACCCCUCGCAACGAAUCCAAGAUCUUCGUUGGGCAGGUCACCGACACUUUCAACGCCUCCGUCAGGACCAUUUGGGGAAUUUACUCAGCCUUCGGCGCCGCCCAGCUGUACAUGAAGAAUGUCACCUUCAAUGAGCUCACCGGCUUCGGGCCUGGCGCUGUCCGAGACAUCACUCUGGCUGGUCAAUUCGCUCGCGAGCGGCUGGACUGGGUCGAUGCCGACAAACACUCCCUGGCUUACACGCUCUACGAAGCUCCUGGUUUGCCUGCGGUCAACAUCCAGGGCACAAUUGAGUUGAAUGACAUCGGGAACAACAACACCGAGAUUGUCUGGACUGCGAGGGCUGAUGCGAUUACUGCUGGAGCGGAGGAUAGUAUUAAGGCUAGGGUGCUGGACAUUUAUACCAGCUCUAUCGCGAUUGUGAAGGGACUUGUCUAG